UCAUAACUAUAAUAAGAUUCAAAAUAUGCCUAUUUUAAUUACAUCGAUAUGUGGAAAUUACCUCUAAUGAGCAUCGUUGAGCUUGAAUACAAAUUUCUAUUGGGAAUACGCACAUGGAGCUACAGCUUAUUUAUAAAACUGGCAGCAACGUUAUGGAAGAUAAAUCGCAAAUGCAAAAACAACCACAGAUGCAGCAGCAUGAAGAACCACAGCUGCACCACCAGCAGCAACAAAAAAUGCAAGCAGGUGAACAAUCACAAGAUAUCAAUAUUAAUGAGUCGACGGCAGAUGAAACUUCAUACAUGUCCAUUCAAGAAGGAUGUGAGCAAGUUGGUAUUGAGGCCCACGCUGGCGUUGACGCCACCGCCUAUGCUGACGCUGAAGUCGGAGCGGAAGCGGAAGCGAAAGUAGAAGCGCAAGAGUAUUUGAAUUAUGAGCAGCAAGACCAACGUCACCACAACCACAACCGUUCGCACCGGCAGUAUACCUCCAAGAAGAGUGUUUCCUUCAAGACCUUAGUCGAUAUCUUUCAACUAAGCGACGCUUGGCAAUUGCAUGUGAAAAAGAGUAGCUUGAAAACGGAAGAGGAUCAAGCCAAACGUCGCAUUUUGCAGCGCAACUACUAAGCACCUACCAUACGAUCGUUUCCGCGCAUAAUACUAGUGUGCGUUGUGAACUGAUCAAUGGCAAUUGGUUUUAUUUGCUUGAGAUAGUACAAAAAUUCCAUGUGAACUAUUAAUUUGUGUAUAUAAUAAUAGAUAUAUUCGUUUUUUUUUUAUGUACGUAUGAAUGUAUAUCAAUGGUGUUUAAACGCUCGCAUAUACCGCGCUCUUUAUUUAGCUAUCAAUUCGUUUUCGUCAACUCGGUUGUAAUAAAAAAAAAAAAAAAUCAAUAUGUAGUUAAAAAGCUGAGGAAAAUAAAAUGUGGCAUGCAUGUAAAAAAAUAAAAUAUGUAUCGACAAUGUUAUCUUGGACCGCGUUUACUUACGCGACUUUAGAAGCGUUAAGUUCUCGCUUAGUGUAUGAGUGUGAAAUCACUGCAAAGCAAUUAGCAUUCGCACCUUGUUGGUGUCGCAUGGUAAACA